UUCAGUCUAAAAAUAAAAACUUUUUGUCUUUUUUGCUUUUGUUUUAUCAAAAGAUAUAUGGAAUGGCAUCUUUUAGUCAUAAGUUCAAUCCGCGAGCCAAUGUUUUCAUUCUAGUCAAUCUAGGCUGCGAAAUGUUGUAUGUGAUAGAUCAGCGUUUGAAAGCUCAACAAAUUCCUGUAAAUAAAUCGAAACAAGUUAUACACGACGUCACCGCGGUUUUGUUGGAUCCUAAAUUUCUCGAUUCCCUUAUUAUCGGUUCUACUCAAUCAACGGCACAACUCUUUACUGAAAAUCAUUGCAAAUUCAUGCUAAAGGAUAUUGCGACUUGUUCUCUAAUGCAGUUGAACAGCGAUUCCAUGGAUAAGUUAUGGAAUCUUAUGACCAUGGUUUACAAAUGGCAGCUAUAUCUAACAAGGCAUCAACAUCAUCUCUUGGAUAUAACUUUUCGUCAUUUGGAUUCUAUAGCAAAUUUAUAUGCCGAAGAAAAACAAUCGUUAUUAGUAGAUUUUACGAAAAACACUUUAUUGGAUUUUUGGAAUUCUUGCAGUGAUGACGAGCAGCUAUCUAUCUUUAGAACCAAUAAAGCUUGGUCCGAAUUUUUCAAUACAAAAAUUUCUCUUCUAAUUCGUUUGGGUUUUCAAACGUUGGAUGGCAACUUUAUAGAAAAUGCUAAUGAAUCGUAUUUUCAAGAAUUUCGCGACACCAUUGGUGAAAACAUUUACGCCAAAAGCAUGGAAAUAGCAAAACGUAAACGUCAAGAAUUAGAAGAAGAAGUAACAAAUUCAUCCAACACCAGCAGCAGAAGCAGUGCAAAUUGUGUCAAUCAAUUAACGGAAAUGUUAAACUAUAGUAGUUUUCUGAAAGGACCCGAACAACAAACGUUAGCAGCCACUGACAUGCAAAAACAACUUGAUCAAAAUCUAAAACAAUGCAAUACUUUGUUUCAAGAUUUGGGCUUUAAUAGCCCUGGAAUGCUCGAUAUGCGAACGACAACAACAAAUGUGCCAGAGUUUGUGCCAGUUGAGACGAGUUAUAAUCAUCAGAAUGAUCCGAGGUCUGCAAUAUAUGGCCGACCAAAU